AUGUUUCGAUGCUCAAGGUUUUUAAAAUUCGGAAAUUUAUCAUACUUCAUUCAUAAACCAACAGUAAUAAUUUCAAGAACCAUUUCUGCAAAUGCCUCAAAUAAAGUCAAAUAUAAUUGGGAAGAUCCACUUGAUCUAGAAUCAAUGCUGACAAGUGAAGAGGUUGCAAUUAGAGAUACUGCAAAAGAAUAUUGUCAAACUAAACUGUUGCCACGAAUUAUAGAAGCAUAUCGACAAGAAAAAUUUGAUAGAGAGAUUUUAAAUGAGAUGGGGGAAUUAGGAUUAUUAGGAUCUACAAUUCAAGGAUAUGGUUGUGCUGGUGUAUCAUCAGUUGCUUAUGGUUUGAUUGCACGUGAAGUUGAAAGAGAGAUUUUAAAUGAGAUGGGGGAAUUAGGAUUAUUAGGAUCUACAAUUCAAGGAUAUGGUUGUGCUGGUGUAUCAUCAGUUGCUUAUGGUUUGAUUGCACGUGAAGUUGAAAGGAUAGAUAGUGGAUAUCGAUCUUCCAUGAGUGUUCAAUCAUCUCUUGUAAUGCAUCCUAUUUAUACUUAUGGUACUGAAAAACAAAAACAAAAAUAUUUACCAAGAUUAGCAAAAGGUGAAAUAGUUGGUGCAUUCGGAUUAACAGAACCUAAUCAUGGAUCUGAUCCGGGAGGUAUGCAAACAUAUGCAGAUAAAAAAAAUGGAGUCUAUAUACUACACGGGUCAAAAACAUGGAUCACCAAUUCACCGAUUGCUGAUGUUUUUAUUAUCUGGGCCAAAUGUAAAGAGGAUCACAAGAUUCGUGGAUUUAUAUUAGAAAAGGGAAUGAAAGGAUUAUGGGCGCCAACAAUUAAAGGCAAACUAUCGCUUCGAGCAUCAAUUACUGGGAUGAUUAUGAUGGAUAAUGUAGAAGUUCCUGAAGAAAAUUUGUUACCCGAAGUGGAAGGUCUAAAAGGACCAUUUGGUUGUCUUAAUAAUGCACGAUAUGGAAUAGCAUGGGGAGUUAUGGGCGCAGCAGAAUUUUGUUUAGCACAAGCUCGUGAAUACGCAUUGAAUCGAGUGCAAUUUGGAGCACCGUUAGCUCGAUUUCAAUUAAUUCAAAAGAAAUUCGCUGAUGCUAAUACUGAGAUUGCGCUUGGAUUACAAUCAUGUUUGAGAGUUGGUAGAUUAAAAGAUGAGCAAAAAGUGUCACCAGAAAUGAUAUCGUUAAUUAAACGAAAUUCAUGUAAUAAAGCUUUAGAUAUAGCUAGAUCUAUGAGAGAUGUGUUGGGAGGUAAUGGAAUCAGUGACGAAUAUCAUAUUAUGCGACAUGAACAAAAUUUAUGCACUACUAAUACAUAUGAAGGAACUUAUGAUAUUCAUACACUUAUUUUGGGUAAAGCAAUAACCGGAGAACAAGCAUUUACAGCUUCAUAA